AUGUCACCGGACGAUAUUGUACGGUUCACUGCGGCCAUCUCGAUCUGUCUGGCCUUUUUGGAGCCAGCGCACCCCAGUAAAGCCAGGGCUAUGAACAUACAAGAAGACAGAAUCAGCAACUUCGACAAGCUGAUCACGGCCUGCCGCAACAUUUUGCAAACUUGCGGCCAUACCAAAUAUUUGUCCUCGAUCUACGAGUUGUGGCAUCAAGCAAGUCAGUCGCUGUAUUUACUAGAGAGAAUGAUGUGGCCGGAGCAGCCACCGGAGACUGCUUUGCACUUGAUACUACCGGCGGAACACCGCCCUUUGACAGACCUGAUGCUCGACUCCUUUGAUGAGCACCAUAAUAGCAUCCUCCAGGCGAUCCCAGCGCUCGAGGCCUUUCAUUCAUGGUUUACCCAGUCAUAUGAUACAAGCUUGCACCAUGACUUCAAUGUGGUCGUCCUUGAUGCAAAGCUCUUGCUGCGCAGCGCUGAGGUACUCAUUCGUAUGAAGGGGCGCUUUCGCACAUUACAGCCCACUGGACCAUCGGCCGACCCCAUUGACCUUGAUGAAGACGCUCCAAAUGCUACGUCAGCUGCAACUCCGUCGCCUGACACGCAGCCUUCGGCCUCGAGCACCAGUCGCACCACGCUGGAAUGGUAUUGCGUGUUGCCUGGUGAGUGUGUUGCCUGGUCUCAAAGGUCUGAUGUGGUGUCUCCGCAUUGCAUGGCCAACACCGGCCUUUGUGACGAGUGA